UGAUAUUUUUGUUUGGCCUAAAAACCCCAAGAUAUUAUGUAAAAGUGAGAAAUGGUAGUUCGCAGGGGAUGCAAAUUUCCCAAAUUACAAAUAUUAAAUUUUAUUUGGAGUUUCUAGUGUAGAUUGAGAUUCAUAAACGUCAGCACUACCCCUUUAGUCGCUAAAUCUCUCUCGCAUAUACCAUACACACAUAACCAGCAAUUCAGAUUAUUCCAUCGUCAUUUCCACCUAUUUACAGUAGCCUUAGACAUAUGUAUCUUCGCAGACAGGCCUGAUCGCAAUAAUUAGCUAUCGAUAUCUUAUCAUAGAAAAGAUGAUGACUGCAAUACACUUAAGAAAUACAGGCAUGGGUUCGGUCGUUCCAUCGCCUAAAUAUGUGAGAAACAAUGCCAUGCCAAGGUUAAAUAUACUGGCAAUGGCGAGAAAGAGAAUUCAAACAAGGCAGGUACAGUCUAAGGCCAAAAGGGACAAUGGGAAGCAGCCGAGGGAGGAAAAUGAGAAAUGGAGUUGCGUGAGUGGGUGUGGAGCAUGCUGUAAAUUGGCUAAAGGCCCCUCUUUUGCACCCCCUGAAGAUAUCUUUAUGGAUGUUGAUGAUAUAGUCCUGUAUUGGAGCAUGACAGGUCCUGAUGGAUGGUGUGUCAAUUAUGAUAAAAUCAAUCGGACAUGUUCUAUUUAUUCUGAGCGUCCUUACUUUUGUAGAGUGGAGCCAGAUGUGUUUAAAAAAUUGUAUGGUAUUAAUGAAAAGAAUUUCAACAAAGAGGCUUGUGGGAGUUGUCGGGAUACAAUAAAAAAUGUCUAUGGCAGCAUAUCUUCCGAAUUGGAGAAUUUUAAUAAAGCAAUUACGAAAACCAGGACUAACUGAGCCUUGAUCAGACUUCCUUUCAUUUUGUCACUAUAUUUUGUCUUGUAUAUUGUGGUUAUUCUUGAUGCUGAAUAGGCAAGUUCUAUAAUUAAUAUGGUUUCUGUUUUCCUCUAUUAAAAGAUGGCUUGUAGUUUAAACUUUAGUUUGUAUAAUAUGGAAAAUUGGAAUCUUUCUGACAAA